AUGAACUUUGAACCUGGCAAUCAGGAAGGAGAAGAGCGUGUGCUCCAAUCGUCGGUUCCAGCGACGCACGGUGGUUCGUUCACGAGCUCCAAGGGACAGGAAUAUUUUUUAAAGGGGCUCGAGGCGACGCUGAGUGACAGCAAGAAGAAGUACGCCGACAAGGUGAAUGCGCUUCUGUCAGCCUGGGAGCAUGUCACCAAUUAUAUUCCUGCGGCACCGCCCGAGGCCAUCCAGUCUCUCAUAGAAUGGGCUCACAGACAUACAUUGACAUUGGUAUUGCGCGGGGAGUGGCCGAAGUUGUCUGCCGCCAAAACGCACCUCUGCGUAACGCUGCAGAGGUGUGCGUCUCAGCUGGUGCAACAUCCCGCUGCACCCAGGUGUACCGCCCUGCUGGCUCUGGUGAACAAUCCAUGGACGCAUCCCGUCCUCGACAGCAUACUUAACGGCAAACCGGAUUCCGAACAUGAGGAGGAAUUCUGUUGUUCGGAGAAAGGCGAGCUGCUGACGAUGAGACUGAAGAUACUCUGCGAGGACCGCUGCGAGGACAUAGCGGUGAACCUCGCCGCCGCGUGCAUGCGCUCCCUUAGACGAAGCGAUCAGCUGCGGUCGCUCUCGGAGUCUCAUCACGUUCACUACAUGAUCGACGUGUACAUUGUUCUCUUGUACAAAUUGAAACGCACGCAAGAUAUUUUCGCUCAAUUAAAAUUAAUGGACCUCAACGACGGGCUUGAAUUGGUCCAAAGGCUUAGCGGUGAGAAGCCAACGAAGUAUGGAACGGCGCGUGUUUGGAGAAAUUCGAUAAAGGCCGCGGAAUUGGUCGCGCAGUAUCUCGUUACUGCCGGGAUGGUUCGACCGGUAUCGGAAACCGGUGCAAAUAUUUUGGAGCAGAUUUUGAACUCUUGGGCGCUAUUGCACGCAAAAUGGAAGGACGUUGCACUGACUCUGCCCGGCAUGAUUAGAAAAUUAAUUGAACCCGCGGAAAGUGCUCAACAUAUUUAUAUCUUCUGUGCAGUACUUGCAAAACAUUUCGGCGAGAUUAUAAAACCUUUGGUGAUCGAACUGUACAUCAGAGCGCUAACAACGGAUAUGAACGAACUGGAGAGUCAGAAGGCGAAGUCGGACAAGGAUAAGGUGCGCGAAACCGCCAAGCGUCUGAGCACGCAAUUCCUCAAAUUGGCGGACGUAGUAGACAGCAAUAUUGGCAUAGCAAGGGAAUGCGUUUUGACGGCAUUCUCUUUACAUCCUACUAGAGCCUGUUACGACAGAAUAAAGGAAUUGGCGGUGGCGUGUGGAAAGGCGAAGGAAGAUGGCGUUUCGCAAGAGGAGCAAAGUGUCAAGGAGAAACCCAAGGAAACUAUAGAAGACGAUCUUCUCUCUGUAUCAGUUAUCAAGGAGACAUCCGAGUUAAUGGUAGAUAACAACGUCACGGAAACAGGCUCGACGCCCUCGACAGUUUUGGAAGCGCAGCCACCGCAUCAAAAUUUGACCGUUGCAAAAGGCAUAGAUUUUCAAAACGGUCAGGUAACGAAAACGUUUGAACGAACCGAUAAGUUGUUGAAGAGCCUUCUGACAAAGAAUCCCGACAUUACGUCGUCUGACAUAGCAACACCAGCGACGUCGAUCAGUAACAGGUGUCCGUUGCAUCCGAACCGUGAAUCCUCAUCCGAGAUGCUCGGCGAACUCUGUUUUAAUUGCGGCGAAUUUACCGGCAGUAACCAGUUGAAUGAUAAUAAAUUACAAUUGAAGGAAGCUAGCACGACGCCGGGCAAGAAUGUGGAGAGAACAUUGGAUGCGUUGAUUCUGAUCAAAGGCGAUGCGGUGACAGGCUCGGCGAAUUAUGACGAGAAGUCUGUGCCCAGCCAAGUGCUGGACGGUGAGAAAUUGGGUCUAUCGCCGCAACUGUGCGACGAUCUGGCCGUAGUACUGAGUAGUCCACGUUACCACAUGCUCAGUUGGGUGCUCGACUGGAAGGAGUUGAAGAAUUUAUGCGAGCGGUACCUGGAAAACGAAGAGGAGGUGCGCAAUACGAACAAGGAGCUUAAGUAUCUGAACAUUGAUUAUUCGCAGUUCAAGGAUUGGCCAUCGGAAGACGAUACUAAAGACGUCUUCUUCGGUAUCGAGAAGGGUUACGAGCAGUGGGUUGACUUGCCAUCCGAUAGUUCCGAGCAAUUCGGUAGCUUCCAGCCGGCAGCCGGCUAUAAACGUUCAUCGAUGCGUCGCAGUUUAGAUGAUACUACCACGGAUUCCGACAGUGGCAGUGUAUUGCGUGUACGACGCACUGCACGAACGCGGAAGAUCCAUCGGUUGGGAUCGUCCGAAAGCGACUACGACAGCGCUGAACGUAAACCAAAGCAUUUUAGAAAUAGGAUUAGCUCGGUGUCGGACAGCGAUAGCAACACGCAAGAUAGUCAGACUGACAGCUUGGGUAGCGACGGUUGUCGGUUAGAGACCAAGAAGAAAUCCAACAAAUCGAGCGGUAAGGAGUCCAACCGUUCAAAGACAUCGAAGCUCACCGUCGAGUCUGUCUCGCAUUUUCAAAUGUUAGUGAACGAAGAAGUGCGGCAUACGAACGCGCACGAGGACGCCAGCGGCUCUGACGUUGGCAGCGACAUCAUCACUCUCUUUUCCGCCGACAUGGACGAAAAUAAGCGCGAGACGAUCAAGGGCUCAGCGUACACCGCCGCGGCGCAAUUAAUCAUUACUGAAAGGCGAAGCGAUCCUGCGGUGCUGAAAUCUCUUAGGAUGUUCAGGCCACAAAGCUCGAAAAAGCCGUCGAGGAUUUCGCAAAUUCUGCAGAAGAAUUUAUUAAAUAAGAACAAGGAUGUUAACAAUAGUAGUCGGACGGAUGCCGAACAACAGGCGACCAACAACAUUGCAAAAUUUGCGCCCAUGCUCAGCACGCUAAAUCUGAACCCGAAGAUUGUGCUGACACGCACGGACGAAGUCGAUCGUAAAUUGACCAGCCGUGCUAAGAAACAGCAGCAGCAGCGGCUGAGUAGCGGUGACAUCACCAGUGAACUGAUCAACAUACAAAAAUCGAUGCCGUUCUCACCGAAUAACAAGAGUGUAAUUCAGUAUCAGAAGAAGCAAAAGGAACGUGCCGCGAGCAGUAAGAACACCGGCGGCAAAAGCGACCUGAACUGUCCUGUGAUAGUCGACGGACGUCGCGACCGUCAUCAUCAUCAUCAUUUCGGCUCCGUUAAAUCCAACUUGGGUAAAACCAAGUUUGGUGUUAUCGAGAAGGCUGUUAGGGAUUCCGACAUAUUAGCCAAAAAUGUACCGGGUCUGAACUCGCUGGACAUGAUGGUACCGCCACGGCAGCGUUCCACGGUGAACGUUGUCCAACUCUCCAGAAGCGGCGUGCCGCAGAGCCCAAGUUCCGCCACGGGUACGCCGACAAGCAUUAACGUUAGUGGCAGCACGCCCCCACGGCCGACGCGCACCCCAAGCGUGGCUAGCAACCAAAGUAGCAGUGGUGGUGGCAACAACAGCAUACAGUUGCCGGGUACCCCUUCUUCAACAGGCGGCCACGACAGCGGAGUUGGCAUGAGCCCAGCUGGUCAAACGCCACCAUUGAGAUCGUCGUCGAACCUCGGAACGCCGGACACCGUCGGCGAGGAGGCCAAUCAGCUACUGGAUGCUGCGUCACCGACGACUAUCGGCCCGACGAACCCGACGACGACGAUGACUGCCAACAACAUUUCGGUAGUCCAUCAACUCGACAUCACUGAGUCGUCGAGUCCGGUGAGAACGAUAGCGCAAAUACGUCGUGCGAGCAAUCAGCAGAACAACCAAUCACCGAAAAAAUCACCUUCUUCGCCGUGCUCCGCGGGCGUAGGCGCGACCACAGUCACAACGAUGACGACAGCGACGAGCACGAUGUCUUCGACGGGGCUGAUCGCGCCCGAGUUAAAGGUCAUCUGCAAACCCGACGGCAGUCUCCGUCUCGCAGCUGCCAGUCCAAUUGUGUCCAAUCAGAGGAAUCUUUUAAGCCUGCAGAACUUGGAGGACGGUAGCAGUGCGAACUUUGCGCGACAGACGACGCAACAACGCGGUGCGGAUGCGGUAGGCGGUGCGUCGUCCAACAGAAACGCCUACGAUCGACUAACCGGCACUAGUUCCAUCGUGAAGAGCGCGUCGCAGACCGGCCAGAACGCUGUUCUACCCAAGUUCCAACAGGCUUUUCGUAAUAAAACCUACACUCUACCAGCUGAUGCGACCGCAAGUGGGGUUGCCAGUGCCGCGACAGAUACACCGCUGGGAGGUGUUCAACAAACGGUGACGACAUCCGCGCAGAAGACAACGACGAAUUUGUCGAAGGCAGUACAGACGUCUGUGCCGAGUAAUCAACAACAACAACAGCAGGCAAACGCCGGAAACGUUAAUGUGCAAUCAAUUAUUUCCAAUCUGCAACUGUCGGCCGGCAGGCAGAUAGUCAACAUUGUGCCGAAUUCUGGGAAUAACGCCUCGGCGAGCGCUGCCAUCGGUUCGAAUCAAGUCACGAAUCAAACGAUCACGCAACUCGUGCAGAACGCCAGUUCGUCCAACAGCGUUAUAUACACGCACAAGGUAAUAACCAAUAAUCCGAACCAGCUCAUCCCACCAACAAUCAUAUCGCACGGCAAUUCGGUACCCGGUGGCAGAACUCCCGUGGUCAAGCUCAACAUCAUUCGUACGCCGGUCAGACAACAGAAUCUGACGGGAACCACCAUCCAGGCUGUCUUGACGCCGACGAGGUUGCAGCAACAACAGCAACAGCAACAAACCGUGAGACCGGACAAUUUAAUCGGUUCUCCGAUUGAGGUGACCAAUCCAGUGAGCUCGACAACUUUGGAACAAUUACGAGAAUUCGAGAGCGUGCUAGAACAGGUGAAGGAGAGGAGUAUCCAGCCACAGUCUCACCAGUCGAUCUCUAAUAGCGCGACUACGACAACCGUGCAGACGCAAACCACUACGCAGCAGACUCAGGCAAGCAAACCGCAGCAGAUAUCUGUUAGCACUCUGGCGCAGCAACUGAUGAUGCCGGCGCAGUCCAGCGCGAACAGCGAGGCAUUUACCAGCAACGGCAGUACUGUGACAUUUCAACAGGAAUCUGGGUACCAGCAGAAGGUCUCCUUGGCUUAUGUAAAUCCGAGCAGCACCGCUAAGGCGGGUAACUCCACGACACCAGUGGUCGUGGUCACCAGCUACUGUCAACCAGCGGCGUCGCCGGCACUGAGCGUCACGUCUCAGAGUUCCUCGAGCCCGUGCGUAACGCCGGCGCCAGCACCGAUACCACCGUCAGCUGGCAAAACACCAUCGACACCGUCGUCCGCCGCAGCUGGGACUGCUGCUAAGACCAAUGUGAAAAAAUCGACACCCAAGGCGGUCAAAAGCAGCGCGACUAAUACAUCCAAGGCAUCGCCGAUACCGAAACCGCAGCAGAAGCCACAGGAGGAUGAACAGACUGCCCAACGGAUUUACGCGAUUCUCGACGAAUACGCGGAGCAGCUGAGAAAUUCGCCGGAUCUGAACAACAAACCGGCACCCCGCAGAAGAUCCAAUCCGCCAACCAAUCCGAGUCAAUCGUCGAAGAGGAAGAAAUCAAGCUCGAGCAAGAGCAAGCCGGCGGGACAGCAGACUUCCGAACUGAGCCCUAGCACAGACGAUCUCGGCAGGACUAUGGGCAGCGAGGAUUCGUCCAGCGGUGUUGUACACGUGCAAGACAGUCCGGCCGGUUUCUCUGCACCAGAGGAACCCUCGAUGAGCGGAGAAGCGAGCGCCGAGGUGCGCAAUAUGACCAAUGACUCGAACGAUGGCGUCGAACUGAACAUGAAGAGACGUAAUCUCAUCAUUACGGAGCCAGGCACGGGCCAGCCGCGAACGGUGAUUGUCCAGGAAUCACUGCAAUCGGGCUCGGUGAGCGUCAGCGAGGCGCUCGCCUCGGUCACGGGCAAGAUGAGCGGUACGUCGGUACUGAUGCCUAGUUUCGUGCUGCCACUGAUGAAGGGCACUCAGCAGCAUUUCACCAUAGUAUCCACCGGAUCUAAGCUGCUCACGGCUAUGCCGACGACCAUGCGCACCUCCGGCGGCACCGCAGUUCCCAACACUUUACUGUUACAGUCCUUCCUCAAUCAGAGCAAGCUAAUCCCUGCACAACCGCAGAUGAAGCAGAUGAAGAUGCAGCCCACCUUGCAGACGUUGUCGAACAAUCAGACGCUGACCGGCGCGCAGAACGUUCAGAGCACGCCCGUGGUGAUAUCGCAGACCGGAAGCACGCCGUUCGUUGGAGAGACAGCCACUGUGACGGUAUCUACACCGGAUAAACCCAAUGUUAUCGGUGAGCUGACAUUGAAGAAUGAUACAGUGGCCGCCGGUAGCGCGAUCGCGGUCGAAUCAGCGGCGACGAACACCGCCAUCGUGGUGCAGAACAAGAGCAAUCCCACCCUCAGCCUGAUCGGAACCCGGAACAUCAGCGAGAUAUCGGACAACCAGCAAUUAUGCGGCGUCAUCACCAGCAAUCCGCUGCAGGGCACGAGAUUCUACAACUCGGGCAUGCAUAAACUAACAUCGACAUCUGCCGCUCUGAAGGCGGAAAAUGUGGUCUGCAUUGCGCCGGCUGCUGCGGUCUCCCAUUCACCGGAAAAGAAAUCCCCUCAGGACGGGCAGUUACACACCGAGAAGUCAGUAUCCUUACCAGCGAGCGCCAUUGCGCUCACUUUUACUCAGCAGACUGAUGUGAGCGCCAUGCUGAACGAUGCAAAUCAGCAGCAACAGCAGAAGGACACGAAGGAAGCGUCCACCGAGAUAACGUCUGGUACCAAAAUUAUUUCACCGAAAACGGUAAAGAGAAAAUUCGACAAUACUAUCGGCAUACAGGAAAACAUAUCGCCGAGAACUUUGAUCUCCCCGAAUAUCGCCACGUCGUUACAAAAUAAUACGAAAAUUGAGUCUAUGUCUCCCAUUACUUCCACGAACAAGCAAUCGAGCGUUAUCGAUCACACGACGCAAUUCCUGGUUACUGGUGGACCGAGCAGCUCGGAUAGCCAGGAGUCAUCUGUGCAGCAAUCCACCGAGACAAUCGACGGAUCCUGCAAAGUUGGGAAUGGGCUGCUAUACGAAAACGCACGCUUGCAAGAGGCCUGGGAAUCGGAAGGAAAGAUCUCGCCGGAUACAACACCAUGGAGAUACGUUCCUACACCGAUGAACGCGCUGAGCCACGAGCCGUUAAAAGUGUACAGGGAUAAUGACAACUCCGAGACCGUGCUGCAGAUUAUCAACAAGGGUCAGGGCAUUGAGAUGGCGAGCGGACAGAUCUAUCAUGCAAACGCGAAAAAGUACUUCAUGAAUCAUACUCUAGACACUCCCUACUCCAACAAGAGCAACUUGAUGAAAUCGCAGCUGAUUUCAAGAUUGGACCGCGAGAUGAUGCAGCAAAAGAUGGAGAGAAAAGCCGCAUACGAACGUGAGAUCAAAUUGCAAAAGAGCUUGUCAGAGGAAUGCGAAGAUCUGGGAGUCGACGAACCUAGUACCAGCGAGCUGUUUCCCGAGGCAGAUCUGCUAUUCGACACGAAUCACUCGCCGUCGUUCGAUCAUUCUUCGCAGGAUGCGUCCUGCAGUCAGUCCCUGGGCAAAUCGUACAACAGCUCAUACUUCCGGUCGCUGGACUCAUCUAGCGGCAGUAGGGACGCCAGCCCAACUAGCGAUUUCAAAACGAACGAACGCAAGAAGAACGUGAGUCAACGCGCGAGAGCUUUAAAGGAUCCGUUGAAGAGAGGGAAGCGAGAGAAGGAGGAUCUGGAUAUUCCGACGAAACAUAUGCGACUAACCCUGGAUAAUCUAAGCCAGGAUGAAGCGUCGAACAGCAACUCGGACAUCUCCAGGCUAUCACCGGCAAAUCUUGGCUCUUUGGAGAACGAUUCGUCAAAAGAUAUGACUCAUCGCGUGAAACUGACCUUGAGGAGCGGCUCGAAAGAAGGAACACCCAGCAGCGUAUCUAGCAUACCAUCUAAUAUGAAAUUGGACAUCGACUUGGAUUCGGAAUCAUUGCCGCCCAGCAUGAACGUUAACAACACCUCGACAGCGAGUUCGGGCGAUGAGAGCUUGACUCUGUUGAGCGGCAAUACCGCGGACCAUCAUACCAUACCGUCGCCAUUGUCACCGUUGGGCGCGGCUGGACCGCUGCUGUCCACGCACAACAAGUACACGUAUACCAACAAAAAGCGCGUGUCGUCGUCCAAGGUGCGCAUGGACUCGUACAUGGCAUGGGAGAGCCCAAUGUCCGAGCGCACGAGGUCCAGCACCGACGAUGAGGACUCCAGUAUCAGCGAGUCGAUCGGUAGCCAGGUAGAAGACAACGUCACGCUGAGCAAUGGCCUGGAGGACAGUGUACAAAUAUUAAAAUCCUUGUCCUCCGAUCGGCACUGCACUUACAUGAAGAAAAAGGAAAACAAGCUGCAGGUGAACGCUGCGAGAGUGGUCUUGAAUCGCGCCGAUCACAAAUCGGCAGCGGUGGCAGCGACGCUUCCCAAACGGAUGUCUAAGGUAGAGUCGAUGGUAACGGCGACGGAGACGAUGGUAGUAUCGAGCGACAAGGCAUCGGAAGCGUCGGAGGACGAGACGAGCAAUAUCGUACUAAUGGAGCCGGCGGAUUGCCGCGCCAGAAGAUCAAGUUUGCGCUGUCACGUGAAGAAGAACUGCGCGUGCUGCAACGGCUCGCCGGAACGACCGAAGAAGAAGACAACGGCGGCGACGACGGUCAAGUCGACGGAUCACAAGCUGAAGAAGCGGCUGUCGUCAAAGCAGCCCGGCAAGAAGAGGUAGUCCUAGCGAUCGAACGCUCGCGCGAGCAUCGCAACGUGUUGUUAUACCAUUAGCGUGUCGUCGUCGUCGUCGUCGUCGGUGGUGGUUCACGAUGCGACGACGAUGCGGGCGUUUCAGCGCGAUCGAAACCGGGCCCCGGGGGGUUUUAACGCUUCUCGCUAAAAAAAAAGCAUGAUUUGAACGAUCUUAUUCGCGGAUCGAUAGAUCCAUGGCAAUGGUAUUGUAAAUAUUGAAGCGCGCUUAGACGCGAAUUCCGUGAAUCUGUCACACUUACAAUAUUUGAAACAUUCGGCGGCUGCAUUAGCACGCAGGCAGGCAGGCUCAGCUGCGAGCAAAAGAAAUAUUCUCCAUUUAAAUUAACAAUGGAUCUAUUUCACGUCGAUGUGCGUGCUGUAUGCGUGCAUAUUAAUAUAUGUAUGAAUGAUUGCGUGAAAGGAGAGAAAAAAAGAGAGAGAGAGAGAAAGGACGGGAAUAUAAUAGACAUACGAUUUACUACUAAAUAGUUAUCGUCGAUAACCAGUAGGUCAUCCCUCUACCAUUAGGUGUUAAUUACGAUAUUAGAUUGUAAGGUACAGAUCAUUUAUGUAUGGCAGACUUAGAUUUUUAAUCGUUAAGGACCGUUUUAGCGAUGCAAUCUAGUCAAGUCGUUUUUUUUGUGGCGAGGAAUAGGCGACGAGUGAACAAAGCGUUAAGAUAAAAAAAGGCAAGCGAAAACCGUAACGAUCGUGUUAAUAGUUCCCUCGCAGAGUAAAGAAAGAGAGCCUGAGUUUAUAUAAUUCAACCUACAGUAUGUCUAUAUCAUGGCAAAGCUAUUCCACGUUGUAACAUGGUGUGGUCAGACUGAAUAGACAAAUAAUAAUAGAGUUCUCUUUCCGAAGAAAUAUUAGGGUAUAGUUAACAAGGACGUGUGCGGUCUCGUUGGCAGUCGCAUCGUCUUUGCCUUUCGUGUAAUGCUUACUUGUAUCUGUAUAACUCUAACUUUAUAUAGAGAGAAAAUUGUCGCUGUGUAAAUUCUCGGAACUCUGCUCUUAGACGACCCUCGAAGAACACCGGGGUAUCAUUUGGAUAAGACUUUACGCCCGAUUCAAGUACGCGUAGGCGUAUGAAGUUGAGGGAGAGGAAAAAAAGAAGAAAAGAAAAGAGAUGUGGAGUGGCAAUAACACGUUCUAUACGGAUCAUUCUAACAGCUGUCUGUUGUACGGCCCGACCAUACCUUGUCAUGGUGCAUGUAAAAAUCCACGAUUGUACAUUGCGUAGAUAAUUCAUUGAAAAGGUAUAAUAUUAUAUAUAUAUCGCUGCACUUUAGUACAAAAACGCUUCACUUUGUUUCAGAUGAGAAUGAUAGAUUUAUAUCGUAUCUCCGUGUGCUAUAUCGUGAAACGUGUGAAUGCCCGCAAAUUUUACUAUGGACUUACUCUAAACUUGUAACUUGUAAAAGCUCCGUGAGAACGGGACGAGGCUGCGUGGGAGUAUGAGUUUAUCUAACAUUUCGUUAUGAUAAUUACGAUUAAUGGAAAAAAAAAAAACGUAUGUCGGGCGCUGAUAUCCAUUCCAAAAUUUUUAUCCCGGCGCGCGAUAUAUAUGUAUACAGUAUAAAUAUAUAGAGAACUUCGUCGAGUUUGUUCUUUCUCUCUUUUUCUGUUCUCUUUCGAUGUUGCAAGAAAAGAAAUAUCGUAGCUUCAAGUAAUCGAGGUAUAACUGUUCCUGUGAAUAGUGUCUCAUUACGUGAUAUGAACCAAAGUGAAGGCUCUGUCGAGAAGGCAUAAGGGAAACGCUGAAUCGAUGUGGAAAGCAAUAUACGUGUAGAAUAUGUAAAUUGUAAUUAAACUAAUCUGAUCAUUCUGUAGAUCCUUUUUGUUUUCUUUUUUUUUUUUUUUUUUUACUUACGUAGAAUAAUUCCAGUUAUUUGUUUCGGUAAUCUUUAAUGUUACGUUUAGAAGAGAAUUAAGGAUAUAAUAUUUGUUGGAUGUAUACAUAUAUAUAUAUAUACUAUAUAUUAUUAUUGCAUAUCUGAUAUAGAGAUUACAUGAUUAUUUGACCGUUAAACGGAGAUCGAAGAGGGAACUUUUAUAAUUAUAUAUAGUGUCUUCGAAUUUGGCGUCGUCACAGGUAUUAAAAUUAUGAAAAAAAUACAUAGAUUUAUACAACAAUAUUAUUUUCUGACAGAACAGCGCCAAAAUGGAACUGUCGAAGAACGCUGCAAUCUUUUUAGUUAAUUUUGAUUGUAAAUCAUAUAAUGGAAAAUCUAAGGUGAAUAAUCGAUAGUGUUUUUUUUUUGUUAUCGCGUUUCUUCCUUAUUUACACAUUCUACACGUAUGCCAGCAAAUGAAAUGGUUAAUAUCUUUCUCUCUACGAGACGUAUAUGUGAUAUAAUCGUUUCGUUAUGAAUGUAGCUACAUCGCGAAACACGUUCCUUUCGGUUUCCGACCAUUCGGUUAAAGGGCGAACAAGAUUACCUACCUCGUGCGCUUCAUCUCUUCCUAGUUUAUCUCUAUUACCACGGGCUCCGGAGCGUGGAAAUUCGAAUAUCCACGUAUACAAUCGUUCGUGUUUCUCGCAUAAUAAGAAGUUCUGUGAUCUCGCGGCGUGAAAACGCUAAUCGCUAACCCCGAGAAGAAACACGUCUAACGCUUUUCGUUUUCUUUCCUUUUUCAUAUCCGCGCGGUUUGAUCCAAGUUUUUUUUUUUUUAAUUACGGUUUACAGCGCUAAAAAUAAUUUGAGUUUUUUUUUAGCUACGGGAAUAAUUAUUCUGUAACAGUGAGGAAAUAUAUAUAUGAAUAAAUUAUGUUCUGAGUAAUACUUAGUUAACUCGCUAACUCUUCCAACUGUAGGAGCGAUUAAAAAGCGCAGAUCUGUUUAAUGUCUGUCCGAUAUUAAUUGCGAUCUUACUGUAGCGUGGCCUAGAUCACACACUUUUCUACUGAAGAGUUCUCUUUCUCGAUUUAGUUUUAUCACGAGGGGGAAGAAGAUUCCGAGAAAAAAUUGCACUCUUAAUAGAAGCGAGAUCGAUCUGAUUAUCUCAUCUUAUCUAUUUCCAUACCGAAAUCAGAUUUUAUGUAAUCGGGGCGGUCUACGCAAAUGCGAGAGGAUUACUUUGUAAUCGAAAGAAAAUAUAAGCUCGAAAGCUUCGUUUAUAGAUCAAAUAAAUUGAUUUAUAGAAAAGGAACACCACGCGCUUCCCAUUCUUCUUUUGUAAACCGUCUUUUUCAUUCUACGUUUUACGGCAAUUUUUCUUCGCGGCUUUCUCGGUGUUUCUUCGUUCUCAGCGCGAGAGAAGCGUAUCCCAAAGAAAGAGAAUCGCGUUUCCACUCGAGCCACUUGUAUAAAGCGAGAACAAUUUCAAUGUAUUUAUUCCCGCGGUAAAAGUAAGAAAAACGAGCUCUAUCUUCCUGUAUAUUAGAGAGAGAGAGAGAGAAAGGAAAGGAGGCGAAGAGAGAGAGAAAAAAAAUACGGAGAGAGAGAUGUCGGAGCGGCGUGUCUCCGCGUGUGUAUAAAAUUCCGAGCGAGUGUCUCGCAACUAAAAUAGAGAUGCGUAUUUUUUGAAUGGGACGUCAAUGGGAGGAUAGCUUCUAGCUCACACACGUGUCGGAUGUGCGUGUACCACUCGAUUAAUCGGUGAUAGUCUGGCCUUUCGCCACCCAAUUUAGUCGUACCAAUCGCAUUUAUCAUAGAGGGGUGUGUAGUCUUCAUCGUUAAGGCAAAGUCCGACGGCGGACUCGCGGAGGAAAGGAGCAGGAAAGAGAGAGAGAGAAAAGGGGGACGCGUUUGAGGCGCGGAUCAAAACCGGUGUAAUUUCGGCGAGCUCGAUCUCCGAGAUGGUUGAAGACAUCGGGCGGAUUGUCGGUCCCCCGUUCGCCACCCAGUAAGGGAGGGGGGAGAUCGAUCUCACCGAGAUACGGCACCGGUUUCAGGGCCUCAGCGUUCUUGCGGAUCAGGGCAAGGUUUCCCAAAGCUAGAUUCUUCAGGUACUUAAAGAGGUAGGGAGAAAGAGGGGGGAAGAGAGGGCGAGAGUGAAGAAGAAAAGAAAUAAUGAUAAAAUAAAACAACCCGCUUUACACUGGCCGUUAAGCGAUAACUUAAGAGUUUUUGUAUCGUACGUAUGUUUGUUAAGACUACUGUUUUUGUCACUCAACACCCUACCAGUAUUCGAGAGUGCGAGCGAGCGAGAGAGAGAGAGAAAGAGCGAGUGAAGGAGUGAAAGGGGAUGCGAAAGGGAGAAAGAGAAACCGAGAGGAUGAAUGCUGUUGUAUGUCACUUUAGUAUCAUUAAAACGAGCGACGUAUAGUAAAAGAUAAAAAAAAGGAAAAGCGAGAAAGGGAUGAAGUUGCGAGUGCGAGCGAGCAAAGGGCGAAAGGAAGACGCGACUCAGUGAAGAUAAUAUGUCUCAAAUCGGGAAAUGAGACGUCUUUAUGACGUCGUAUGUCCCGAUUUGAGACAUGCACGUUGUCUGGGGGAGAGACGAUGGAGGAGACUCGAAGGACGAACGAACGGCCGUACACCGCAAAACGUACAUUCAUUAAGCUACGCAAUGUCGUCUAGCACAAAUCAGUCGAGAUAAUUUGAGAAUAUUGUAAGGGGAGAACAUGUGGGCGAGUAUGUAAACGUAUCCAGCGAGCGCGCAAUGUCCCAAAUCGGGAUAUAUGACGUCUAAGAGACAUCUUAAAGACGUUAUAUUACAAUACGUCUUUAAGACACGUUGUAAGACAUCUUUAAGACGUUUUAAUGACGUCAUAUUACAAGACGUCUUUUAAACAUACUAUAAGACGUCAUACGUCCCGAUUUGGGAUGCGUGUUGUCGGGGUGAGAACGUGACAUGAAAUUAAUCGCAGACGGAGAGAACGAUCGUCGGAGGCGAGCGCGAAGGAAGUGCGCUCCCGUGUACAUAACGAACGAUAGGGAAAACGAUGUGAGCCACGUGUUUCGGCGAAGGGAACAUUUCUUAGACCGGUACACCGCUAUACAUACGCGUUGAAUGUUAAGAAAGAGACCGGGUGGUCCCUCGAAAGCGAAAUGCGCCGCGAAGAGACACGGCCCUUUCGCGAUCUCGAGAAGGGACGUUUCCCGGAGGACGUUGCGAAAGUCGAUGGGUUUUUAUGUGAAAGGAACCGCGGCACCGCUCUGAUUCAUCAAUGAUAUUAAUAUUACUUUGUGUUGGAGGCAUCUCGAGGGCUCUCACACCUUACUGUGUGUUUAUCGUUAUUUAUAGGAACAGCGAUGCGCAGCAAAUUAUUUUUAUCACGCGAAACGGCAUCGUACUUCCCCUCUAAGAAAGAACCAAGUUUAUUUUUUCACACGGGGGUGCUUGGGAUAAUAAUCCUUUUAGAUAAAAUCCGUUCGAUUUGGUAUUCGCGUGUAUAUUGUGGGCAAGGGAUCGAUGCACAAAUUUGCAAUCGCGACUAACGUGGAGGAGAGGUUUUCAGCGACGAAGCAAUCUGCCGUAUUUUGCUCGCGAAAGAAGGGAGGGACACUCUGUAAAUAGGGCUUUAUUUUGCGAAGCAAUUUCGCAACUUUUUUCAUCGUAUUGCACGCAGAUUUUAGAUGUCUGGUCUUUGCUUCGUAUCAAAUUUCCAAAAAGUCAAGCGCAGUUGUCUACUUUGGUUUUCUGGAUGAUAAAGGAAUUCAAAAUUAUUUAAAUAGGAUUUGAUGCUAAAUGCGCGAUGGAAAUAUGGUUUGCUUCUCACCGAAUCUCUAAAUUACAUGAUAAAAGUAUGAUGGAAGAAUGUAACCAACUUCAUUGUUUAAAUCUUAAACAACGCCCUAUCCAGAAAUUUAGAACCGUUUGCAUUUUUAAGUCAAAAUAUAGAAUAAUAUUCCUGUAGUAAUUUUCUAAGAAUUGGCAAAAGAUUGUAAUUUCUACGUUGGUCUUCAACGGUAAACUAUGCAUAUGUUAUAAUUUCUAGCGAAUUGCGUCUUUGUGUUAUUAUUAAAAAAUUAAUGAAAUCAGUAUGUUACGAAAAAUUUAGAAUUUAAGCAUUUGUAUCUUUCGUCCUUAAUACUCGGCAGAACUGUACAGAUUAAGUGCGAGAUGCCCGAUGCGAAAAGCUGCUGGAGUUGUUUUGCGAGAAGCUCGGGUUUCAGAAACGUACCUCGGUCCACUGAUGAAAAUUGUAAAAUCGCACACAGCAGUAGUCGCCCCCAUUCCUAUGAAUUUCGUUUUUAUGAAGAUUGUGAGACGAGAGGGAGGAAACAGAGAAAAAUAGAAAGGGAGAGAGAGAGAGAAAGAGAGAUGAGAAUACUCCUUGGAUAUGACUGUACAGCGUAUUUAACUUGUCCGGAGGUACAUAUAUCGGGGAUCCUUUUUCCAAACUUGAAGUAUUAAGGAUUGCAUAUUGUACAUAAACAAGACAUAUUUUCUAUAUAAGGGACGUCGCUCGGUAAAAAGGCCGAUGGCUCGAAAAAUACUGCAAUAUUAUGAUAAUUCUUUCAAGCGGUAGGAUAGCCUUUAAUCGUUUUAUGUAAUGUAAUGAUAGAAAAAGAGAGUCUGGCAGAAUAAAAGUGAAAGUUCUGUAUUUAAA